UGUUUGAGGCCGGGUCGGGGGUGUGCGAUUGUGUGGGACGGUCUGGGGCAGCCCAGCAGCGGCUGACCUUCUGCCUGCGGGGAAGGGAGUCGCGAGGCGGCCGUCAUGGCGGUGUCGGAGAGCCAGCUCAAGAAAAUGGUGUCCAAGUACAAAUACAGAGACCUAACUGUACGUGAAACUGUCAAUGUUAUUACUCUAUACAAAGAUCUCAAACCUGUUUUGGAUUCAUAUGUUUUUAACGAUGGCAGUUCCAGGGAACUAAUGAACCUCACUGGAACAAUCCCUGUGCCUUAUAGAGGUAAUACAUAUAAUAUUCCAAUAUGCCUAUGGCUGCUGGACACAUACCCAUAUAAUCCCCCUAUCUGUUUUGUUAAGCCUACUAGUUCAAUGACUAUUAAAACAGGAAAGCAUGUUGAUGCAAAUGGGAAGAUAUAUCUUCCUUAUCUACAUGAAUGGAAACACCCACAGUCAGACUUGUUGGGGCUUAUUCAGGUCAUGAUUGUGGUAUUUGGAGAUGAACCUCCAGUCUUCUCUCGUCCUAUUUCGGCAUCCUAUCCGCCAUACCAGGCAACAGGGCCACCAAAUACUUCCUACAUGCCAGGCAUGCCAGGUGGAAUCUCUCCAUACCCAUCCGGAUACCCUCCAAAUCCCAGUGGUUACCCAGGUUGUCCUUAUCCACCUGGUGGUCCAUAUCCUGCCACAACAAGUUCUCAGUACCCUUCCCAGCCUCCUGUGACCACUGUUGGUCCCAGUAGGGAUGGCACAAUCAGCGAGGACACCAUCCGAGCCUCUCUCAUCUCUGCGGUCAGUGACAAACUGAGAUGGCGGAUGAAGGAGGAAAUGGAUCGUGCCCAGGCAGAGCUCAAUGCCUUGAAACGAACAGAAGAAGACCUGAAAAAGGGUCACCAGAAACUGGAAGAGAUGGUUACCCGUUUAGAUCAAGAAGUAGCCGAGGUUGAUAAAAACAUAGAACUUUUGAAAAAGAAGGAUGAAGAACUCAGUUCUGCUCUGGAAAAAAUGGAAAAUCAGUCUGAAAACAAUGAUAUUGAUGAAGUUAUCAUUCCUACAGCUCCCUUAUACAAACAGAUCCUGAAUCUGUAUGCAGAAGAAAACGCUAUUGAAGACACCAUCUUUUACUUGGGAGAAGCCUUGAGAAGGGGAGUGAUAGACCUGGAUGUCUUCCUGAAGGUAUUUCUUCAUUUUAUGUUCCAAGAUUUUUUUAACUUGGUUAGAGGCACUGACCUUGCAAACCACAAACCAAGAGAGUUUCUCUGUAGUAUGGAUUAAGAUUCUUUAUCUUCCCAAAAAACAGUAAAUGAGAUGUAGGAUUUUGCGCCAUCUUUUUACCUACAGAGUACUGAGGAUUGGUCUGAGCAGGGGAAGAAAAGUGGGCUGGUGGCUGCAGUUCUCUGCCCACAGGCAGCGUUAAGAUGAGUGUAAUUCUUCUGUGCCUGGGUGGAUCAGGAGGUACGAUCAGAUUUCCAUUGGUUGAGGUCAUACCACCUAAAUUGAGAUUACUGAUUGUGCCACCUCCAUUUUUUAUGUUAAUUUUCUUAGAGUUAUAUAACUUUAGACCAGUUUUCCCACAUCAAGGUAUCAGGCUGCCCUUUCAAGCCCUCUUGAAUGAAAGUUGUCUCAAGCUUAAUGCUGUUGUACAGAGGAAAAUCUGGUAAGCGAAGUUUGGCUACUGCUGUCUCUUGGGUCAUGGAGAACAUGGUUUUAGGGAUAAUAGCAGCCACCUUUGGGAUAUCUGAUCCAGCUGCAGCUGGAGCCUGGUCAGGUCAUGUGCUGAUCUUGCCUAUCUCCUCUCACUGUGGGAAUGGCCAAACCACGUGCCUCAGAAGUGGUACAACCACAUGAAUGGCUGGAUAUAAACCAGAGACCCAAGAGAGGACUCUUUUUCUGUACAAUCUCUUGCUUGAGUGGCAUGACUUAGGAAAAGAAAGUGUAGGUCAAACUCCUGAGACAGAUCAUGCAAUGUAAUGCUUUCCCUGUUGAGUAAGCCUUUAUAAUAUGCAGUUUAAAAGCCACAUAUAAUGAGGUAUUCAUUCCAAAGGUUGACAGGUCAUGAGUUAGGGUUCUUAGAUCCCAUCUAGUUACAAAUUGUCUAUUUUAUGCCUGGGCCUAAAUCAAAGCCAUUCUAAACUAUUCAAACUUUUUUCCCCUCCCAGCAUGUACGUCUUCUAUCCCGUAAACAGUUCCAGCUGAGGGCACUAAUGCAAAAAGCAAGAAAGACUGCCGGUCUCAGUGACCUCUACUGACUUCUCUGAUACCAGCUGGAGGUUGAGCUCUUCUUAAAGUAUUCUUUUCUUCUCUUCCUUUCUCUUAUCAGUAGGUGCCCAGAAUAAGUUAUUGCAGUUUAUCAUUCAAGUGUAAAAUAUUUUGAAUCAAUAUAUUUUCUGUUUUCUUCUGGUAAAGACUGGCUUUUAUUAAUGCACUUUCUAUCCUCUGUAAACUUUUUGUGCUGAAUGUUGGGACUGCUAAAUAAAAUUUGUUGCAUAA